CAUCUGGCUCGGGCCUGUCUUCGGUCGCUUUUGCUAGGCCUCCUAGAAAUUGCAAGCAGGACGCGCUUUCGAGCGUUUCCUGCAGGUCUGUUUGUUGUAAAGAACAUACUGCUGGAUCUUUCCCCCUUUAUCCUGUUUGACUGGUAUUUUAAUAUGUCCUGUGUCCACAAAGAGAAGACAUCUCUGUGGUGAGAAUAGAAGGAAGCCCUAGGUGCAGAUAUGUAUCAUGGAAAAAUACCUCCUGACCUGAGACUUGCCCAAGCGGUUGGAAAGUCCUAGGAAAGAGUGGAUCUUGGACUUGCUGGUGCUGCAGCCUAUCUUAACCCUCUUGCCCUGAGCAAGCAAGGCCUGAAUAACGUCUCAACCUUCAGAGAUCAGCAGUAGCUGUGUGACAAUGAAGCAUUUAACCCAGUUGAUGGAAAGGAAAGCUUGGCAUUCUUAGGACUCUGCUCUUUCCAAGGAAGAAGAGGAUAUGACCAGAUCUCUUGGAACAGUGACAUUUAAGGAUGUGGCUGUGGACCUCACCCAGGAGGAGUGGCAGCAAAUGAAACCUGCUCAGAGGAACUUGUAUCGGGAUGUGAUGCUGGAGAACUAUAGCAACCUAGUCACAGUGGGCUGUCAAGUCACCAAACCAGAUGUGAUCUUCAAGUUGGAGCAGGAAGAGGAGCCAUGGGUGAUUGAGGAAGAAAUGUUUGGGAAGCACAAUCCAGAAGUUUGGGAAGUUGAUGAACAAAUCAAGAAGAAACAGGAAACACUUGUGAGGAAAAAAGUCACAUCCAUCUCCAAGAAAACUCUGAUUAAGGAAAAAGUCAGUGAAUGUAAAAAAGUUACACAAGUAUUUCCUCUUAGGUCAGACAUCCUUACUUCUAGACAGAGCUUCUAUGAAUAUGAUAAGGGUGUGAAACAUAAUUUAGACUUUCUUAGUAAUGAGAAAGGCUCUAUAAGAGAGAAAAAUUAUGUAUAUAAUGAGUAUGGGAAACCAUUUUACCAUUGCUCAUCCCAUGUUGUAAUUCCUUUUAAGUGUAAACAGUGUGGACAAGAGUUCAGUCAUAAAUUUGACCUCAUCAGACAUGAAAGAGUUCAUGCUGGAGAGAAGCCCUAUGAUUGUAAGGAAUGUGGAAAAGCCUUCAGCAGAAAGGAAAAUCUAAUUACACAUCAGAAAAUUCAUACUGGGGAAAAACCUUAUAAGUGUAAUGAAUGUGGAAAGGCUUUCAUUCAGAUGUCGAAUCUUAUUAGACACCAGAGAAUUCAUACUGGGGAGAAACCUUAUGCAUGUAAAGAUUGUUGGAAAGCCUUCAGUCAGAAAUCAAAUCUCAUUGAACAUGAGAGAAUUCAUACUGGAGAAAAGCCCUAUGAAUGUAAGGAAUGUGGGAAAUCCUUCAGCCAGAAGCAAAACCUUAUUGAGCAUGAGAAAAUUCAUACGGGGGAGAAACCUUAUGCAUGUAAUGAAUGUGGUAGAGCUUUCUCUCGAAUGUCGUCUGUUACUCUGCACAUGAGAAGUCACACAGGAGAGAAACCCUAUAAAUGUAAUAAAUGUGGAAAAGCCUUUUCUCAAUGCUCAGUUUUUAUUAUACAUAUGAGAAGUCAUACAGGUGAGAAGCCCUAUGUAUGCAGUGAGUGUGGGAAAGCAUUCUCUCAAAGUUCAUCCCUCACUGUACAUAUGAGAAAUCAUACAGCUGAGAAACCUUAUGAAUGUAAUGAAUGUGGAAAAGCCUUCAGUCGGAAAGAAAAUCUCAUUACGCACCAGAAAAUUCAUACUGGAGAGAAACCUUAUGAAUGUAAUGAAUGUGGGAAAGCAUUUAUUCAGAUGUCAAACCUCAUCCGACACCAGAGAAUUCAUACAGGCGAAAAGCCCUAUGCAUGUGCAGUAUGUGGAAAAGCCUUUAGUCAGAAAUCAAAUCUCACUGAACAUGAGAAAAUUCAUACCGGAGAGAAACCCUAUCAUUGUAAUCAGUGUGGAAAAGCUUUCAGUCAGAGACAAAAUCUCCUUGAGCAUGAGAAAAUUCAUACUGGAGAGAAACCAUUUAAAUGUAACGACUGUGGUAAAGCCUUCUCUCGAAUCUCAUCCCUUACUCUUCAUGUGAGAAGUCAUACGGGAGAGAAACCCUAUGAAUGUAAUAAAUGUGGAAAAGCCUUCUCUCAGUGCUCUUUACUUAUUAUACAUAUGAGAAGUCAUACUGGCGAGAAACCCUUUGAAUGUAAUGAAUGUGGGAAAGCAUUCUCUCAAAGAGCAUCCCUUUCUAUACAUAAGAGAGGUCAUACAGGUGAGAAACGCCUGGUGUGCUAAAUGAGAGAAGGAAGAAAGUCUUCUCUUAAAUUCAACCCAUGUUCUACUUAACUUUUAAAAUAUCUUGUGAAUUCUCCUGAAAUUAAUCUACAGACUUAAUGCAGUUCCAAACAAAAUGUGACAAGAAUUUUCUAGGAUCUUUACAAAAUGAUUCUAAAAUUCAUGUGAAAUAGAAGUCUGUGGAUUGCUGAGACAAUUUUAAACAAGAACAGGGAGAAGACACCCUCAUACUAUAUAAUACACAUGAAGUCAUAGUCAUUAAAAAAGUGUGGUAUUAGUGCAUUAAAUAGAUAAACAGGUUUUAUAGAGUGUCUAGAAAUAGACCACAGAAUAAAUGUGAACUUGGUAUAUGUUAGACAACAUAAGUCAGUAGGGAAAUGAUGGCCUAGUCAAUAAAAAUUGUUGGAGUAUUUGACUCUCCAUAUUGGGUGAAAUAAAUUAAAAUUACAUAUAACCUUACAAAGUUUAAGGAAACAUAAUUCCCAAGGAUCUGAACACUGGAAUGUGAAAAGCCAAACCCUGAAACUUUUGGGAGAAAAUACAGGAUACUGUCUUUAUGACCUUGAGGUCUGGGAAGCAUUUUUUUAAAAGACAUCAAGACCCUGUAAUUCCACUUCUAGAACUCACAAAUAUGCAUUAUAAAAUAUAUAUACAUAUAUAUGUGUAUGUAUGUAUAUAUUGAAAACAACUAUUCAUCAGUUGGGUAAUGGAUGAACAAAAUAUGGUGUAGUCAAAUGAUAAAAUGCUAUAGAGCAGUUGAAAACAAUGAAGUAGAACCAUAUUUUUUAACAUGGAUAGUUAUUUGAAACAAUAUUGAGUUGAAAAAAUCAAGAUACAGAUGAUACAUAUUGUAUAAUGCCAUUCUUGUAAUUUGGAAUGAAAACAUUCACAAAUAACAAAAGUCUGUUUUUAUUAUUGAUACAUGUAUGUAUGUAAAACUAUUUUAUGUGGACUAAAAAGAUCCAUACCAAAUUGUUGAUAGUGGUUGUGUCUGGCAGGAAAUUGGGAUUGGGGAUGUUGAUACUUUAAUUUAGCUUUAUUUGUAAUUCUUUAUGCCUUAAAAAGAAAAAAAAACUCUGGUAGCAUUUAAAAUAAAUCUUAAAAAUUAAUGGAUGUGAAAUGGUAAUGUGGGUGUCUUAAUAGUGUUUUUCUAUUUACUUCUCAGAAUUAAAGGGCCAUGGGGAAGCCUUUGUUUAUAGAAAAAAUAUUAUAAUAGAUGCAUAUGCCCUAUCAGAUGCUAAACUAUUUCAUCAAAGAUAUUUCCAGAAAAUCAGUAAUUAAAACUGAUAGUCCUAUUAUAAUAUGAAUUUAACAUAUUUUAUCUGUUCUGUAAUGCUUUUUUUUUUACAUUUUAACAUUUCUGAAAUUGGGAGUCAUAGUUCAACCAACAGUGUCUUAGAUUCAAGUAAAUAUAUAAUAACUUAAAAUUUUGAAAAUGAGACGACAGUGUAACAAAUCAAAUACAUUGUCAUUUAUUGUUUCAUGACAUCAUAGUAUACCACUCAUGGUCCCUAUCCUCUGAGUAUGUCUAGCAUUAUUUGACAAGAUUUUCUGGGCUCCUAGUUAACUAAUGAAUAAUAUGUGCUGAGUCAUGGAGAGAAUAUGUUUUUAAGAGAAAUUGACUCUGGGAUAUUAGUUUUCUUGCCCUGUAAGUUUCCAUGUGGCCAGCUGUAGGCAUUAAUUUUAUUGUUAAUUAUUAAAAUAUUUUGUAAUAAUAAGAAAGUCUUUUUAUUUCUUUGAGGCAGCCAUAAGCAAUUGUAUAAAUAAAAUUGCUUCAUUCUUACCCUAACAAAAAUUUUCAUCCUUCCACAAGCCCUUGACUUAUAUAGCCUCUCUAAUUUUGUUUGCAAAUGGUGGAGAGAUAUGGUCUCAGAUUCUGGGCAUUAACCUUUGAGUUCUGGGCAACAUCUUUAAGAGUUCUUUUAAGUGAUUUUAUAGUAUCUCUAAAAGUGUCUCAUUCUUUGUAACAGUGCAUGAACCAACUCUUACUAUGGAUACUUUUUUAUUAUGUCAUCUCUAAAAUAUGAUUUAAAGAAAGUCACAAUGCCUUUUUUAAAGGAGAUUGGGAUUGGGGGUGUUGAUCAAAAAGGGUCUUUGGCUUUUAUGUUUGAACAUCAUCUGAAUUUGUUUGAAAACCUGAUUUCACAAAAUUAAAUCUUUCCUGUUUGUUCAAACUGAAGUUGUGAAGCGCAAUCAUGACUAUAUUGAUAUUUGACUUUUAUUAGCUAUUCUAAAAGAUUUACAGUGACUUAGGACUUCUCAGCUGGGGCUGAUUUUUUAUGAAAACAAGAAUUUACCAAAAUUUAAAUAACUAAAUGAGUAUUCUCAUUUAAUAGUCUGUUCUUUAGACGGUUAUAUGCUAAAUCCAGUUUGGAAGCAAACUUAAUACUUGUAGACGUCUUUUUUUAAAAGAUAGUUUUCAAAGUUCAUGUGUUAUCCACACAAGAAAACCUGUGUAUUUUCAGUUGCAAGACAUUGUUUUUGUCUAAACUGUCAUUUUAUUUCUGAUUUUCUUCUUCGUGUUUAUUUGAAGAUAACUUUAUAUACCUUAAUUCUUCUGCCCCUUUCUUUACAUGGCUUUGAAGUCACUAAAGCAAUUUAAUGUUUCACUUAAGGUCCAUAAGGACCACUUUAGGUGCCUCUUUUCGCUAUUAAGAGAGGCUGUGCUUAUCAGGUGAGGUAAAGUGCUUGCGGGUUAGCCUGAGCCUGAAGUAUAGGAAGGAUGUUUUAUUAACCUAUGUCAGCAAGUGGAUGAUCUGGGUUCUUUGAAUUCCUUUGUUUUGGGUAUUUUUUUCCCUAUCCUAAAGGGUUUAAAUAAUAAGAUAAGUGACUGAGAUAACAUCUGAAAUAUGAUUAAUUAAAUCAUGGUAAUCCCUGAUUACCUGGAUACACAUGAACUGCUGUCUGUCAAGUUUCUAUUCUAGAUUGUAUUAUUUUUUUAACUUCAUAAUGUCCAUUACCUGGAAAUCGCCUUAGCACACAUGAAAUAAAAAAUAUUAAUAGCAACUUGGACUAGAGAAUACAGCAGUAGAAAUUGGUAGAUUUGAGAUGUAUUUUGGGGGUGAAUGAAUAGAACACACUGAUAUGAAAGAGGAGGUAAAAAGAGAUAAAAGCUAACUUCUGUAUUUUAGGGGGAGCCACUGACUGUAUGGUGGACCACUGGCUAAUAAUGCAUCAGGUCAGGGAGGAGCAUUUGGGGGUGAAUAUCAGGGAAUGGAAUCAAGUUCUGUUUUGGACAUUCUUUUUCUUUGUGUUUCCUAGAAACAGACUUUGAGAUGAGGAUUCACAUGCAAAAGUUUUAUUAAGGAAGUGCUUCCAAAAGGACAGAAAGGGCAGGGAGGAAGAAGAUCAUGAAUGAGGAAUGUUAGGCUAUGAUCUUAGACCUAGUCCUACCAUGGGUCAUUUCAGCCUGAUCGCUAGAGAACUCUGGAGUAGAAGUGCAAAGUUGGGAAUAAUUCAUGACACCACCUCUCAUUUCUGACACCUAUUUGCAAGUUUGGGGGUACCAAGACCAUGUUCACUUCUGACAUUAAUUGUAACUUCAGGGUUCCUCAUGAUCACCUUCAGGUUCGAUAAUUCACUUGAACGACUCACACAACUUCCUAAAAGAUGUUAUACUCAUUUUAUUGAGUAAAACAGUGAAAGGAUACAGAUUAAAAUCAGCCAAUGAAAACUAAGCAUGGGGCUGAGUCCAGGAAAGUUCCAAGCAUGGAGCUUCCAGUUGUCCCACUGGAGUCUUGGACACACUACUUUUCUAGGAAACAAUGUGUGACAAUGCAGAGUGCUGUAUUGACGUCCAGUUUCUGUUGGGGCUUCAUUAUGUAGGCAUGGUUAAUUUAUCAUGUGGGUAAUAUCAGUCUCUAGCCCCUCUAGAGGUCAAGCUGAUACUAUAUGAUCCAAAGGCCCACUCUAAAUCAUAUUGUUAGACUAUCUGAUGUGGCCCAAGGCCCCCAGGCAAGCAAAGACCCUUCUAUUAGUCAUGACAUGAGGGCUUAGAGGUUCCCUACUAGAAGUCAAGGGUAAAGGCCAGCUCUCUCUUUGGGCAAGGUUAAAUUCUUUAUUACACAGUAAGUAAUGCCUCAGAGUUGUCAGAUACCCCCUGCAGGUCUGAGGCACUGAUGCUGCCAACUACUGGGCAUCUUGAUUGCUGACAACUCAUAGCUAAGUUCCUCUGCAGUCGCUCUCAGAUGAAGGGAACUGCCUGCCCCAGGUUACACUGCCUCCCUAAGGGCAGCCUAGUCCCCCUUUGCCUCAACUUACGAUAACUCCAAAAAGCCAUCCCAGCUCUAUAACUACCCAAGGGAUUGCAGCUACAUCAGAGUUCAACUUCUUCCACCCUGUUCUGUUUCCCUCAUUUAUUGACAGGUAAUAUUCCCAAGAGCUCUCCCCCAGUCAGCUACCUGACCACAAAUCUCCAUUUUAGAUUCUGUUUCCCUGAGAACCUGAUGCAAGAAAAUGGGAAUUUUGCAACAGCAAUCUCAGAGAAAAUUUUUUAGUGUUUUUAAUUCAUUAAAAAAAUAGUAAACUCAUUACAUGUUAACAUA